AUGGAAAGAAGAGAUGAAGAUUGUAAAUAAAUAGGGCAAUUUAAUCAAAAUGAUGAUAAAUGUAUUUAUAUCUCGUUCACCAUAUCAUUUAAUAUAUUAUUUGGAAGUCUAUUCUAUUACUAUUCACUUAAUUCUAAUAAUGAUACUUGUUCAUGGUUGAAGUAAACUUCCAUAUAUUUCACAUUUUAUUGCACUUGCAGCAUUAUAUUAUCCAUUUUAACCUUUAUUGGAAAUAAGACAUAUAACUUUAUCACAACUAUGGAAGGUCUAAUCAGAUUGUUAUUUUUGGUAGCGUUUUUGGUAAAUUUAAUAUAACAUUUAGAUUGCCUAUAUCUAUAGUUUUUAAUGUUAUCAUCUUUAAUCGCUUACGUUAUUAUUUUUGACCUUACAUGCAUUAAUAUUUAUUAUUGCUUGUAUGAAAUCUCAAAUCAAUAAAACUAAAUAACUAUGA